AUAAUUAUUUUGGUUAUAUCAAUACUUUGCCUAAUAAACCUAGGCUAGACAUACGAUGCGUGACAUGUCUCCGUGUGCUCAGCCCUUCCUCUUCACUACUGAAUAAGAAGAGUACCCUCUCCAAACACUCAACACCUACAAGCUAAAAAGCAUCUCCUAGGGAAAAGAUUGAGAUAAGGAGAGGCAAGCAAAAGUAGUGUCCUCCUUUUGCAUAGCAAUUGCCUUGACGAAGCAACAUCAGUAUACUUUAGUCCUGCUUAUAUGAUGCGGUAGCGAGCCAGGCGAGUGUUGUAAAGCACCCUGCGUGUGCACUGGCAAAUGAGGCUGGACAGGGCUGGCGUAACGGACGGGGAGGGGUGAAUGGCCGCAUCAUGGCCAACCACUCGCUCUCUUCGCAUGGUAGCUCGUGAAAUCAUUCCAGACCAUCAUCGUCAGCGGAACGGUGCUUUCCGAUCUCCGAUACUUGUAUCGCAUCAACGUUUUCGUCUGAUUUGCAUGAUGACGCUCACAGACUGGAGGAAUUGUUGCUUUUCGCCCCUCUUCAAUUGUUGAUCGAGUAUAAAGAUCUAGUUAGGAACCAUCGCGUAAAGGACGACCACCUCUAGCCAUGUUAGCCGCCACAUGUGACAGAGUCGCUGAGGGGAGUCCAGAGAGUUUCCCAGAUCCACCCAAGGCAAAAGGUUUUCAUCCCUUCAAGAGAACGACACCAAGUUCAUCUGGACUGACUAGUGAACAUGCAACAUCCAGAUUCGCCGGUAUGACGGCCCCCGGAAGUAUGCUUGGCGCAUCCUUUCCGUAUCCUCUGGCACCAAGUAGUUCACUUACCUCACCAUUUUCUGGAGAAUUAUUCUUCUCACGAAAAUCUGAACCUAGAAUCCCAAUUGCUACUGAGACACCAAAGUCAAACACCUCACCGUAUGGACACAAAACCGGGUUUAGCUCGGAGACAGAGCAUUUGGCAGGUAUCCUACCUCCUCAACUUUGUGGACAUUCUGCUUAUGAAUCGUGGCUGAAAGCGGCAACAUCUGCGUCAGUAUUAUCGCGAGAACACGGUGUUCAUGGCUUCAGUCCCGCCUUUUGGGGUUUACCGGGUGCCCAGGCUAGUUUGCUGGACCUUCAUAGCAGUGCAGGCACUCUACCUUCACAUUUUGGCAAGAUGCCAACCUGUUCAACCGCAUCAGACUGUAACGCAUUGGCUCUGAGCCAUUCAGUUUUACCAUAUCCGCCGCUUACUACUGCAAAUCCAUCUCUCUUUAGCCCAUCACAUCUGUUUCCUCCAAGUAGUUUCAACUCAUUCUUACCUCCUGGUUACGAUAUUAUGAGCCUGACAGAGAUGCGAUCCUCCUUCUUUGGACCAGCUGGACUCGGACUUUCACUGUCAAGAGCAAGUCGCCGUUACAGCGGCAGGGCAACUUGCGAUUGUCCGAACUGUCAGGAAAAUGAACGGUUAGCCGCAGCCGGUCAACCCAUACGAAAGAAAAAUAUCCACAGUUGUCACAUUCCGGGGUGUGGUAAGAUUUAUGGGAAGACAUCGCACCUGAAGGCGCAUCUUCGAUGGCAUACGGGUGAACGUCCCUUCGUAUGUAACUGGCUUUUCUGCGGUAAGCGUUUCACCCGGUCCGAUGAGCUCCAACGUCAUCUUCGUACGCAUACAGGAGAGAAGCGGUUUGCUUGCCCAACGUGUAACAAACGCUUCAUGCGAAGCGAUCACCUUAGCAAGCACGUCAAAACCCAUCAGAACAAUAACAACAACAGUGGAAAUGCCAACAGCGGUAAUGCCUCUAGCAAAGCAGCGGGAGAAACAGGAAAGAUAUCACCGAUUAAGAAGUUAGCAAGUGUCGGUAGCAGCGAAGCGGAAUCGAGCCCUAGCGGUACAGAGGGGUCACCGUCACCGGCGUCUACUGGACCGGGACCAAUCAGCAUGUCCGUUCCACAGUCAGCUGCCCUCAAAAUAGCAACACCAUAGCAGUAUACAAUAAAUUGGACUUUUGAAUUCAAAUGACUCCUCAGUGUAUUAUAGACUUGGAGUAUGAUGUGAAACAAUUAUCCUUUUUAGUGUUUAAAACUAAUAGAUACAUCUGGCAUCAAUAAGAGCUGCAAGGCUGCCAAAAAAAUCAGAGAUUGUUGUGGAAUCACCUUUCCAAGGUUUUCUAUGGAAUCCUAUGAUUUUUAAUCAGAAUUUCUACCAUUCCAUUCCCCUGAAAACACACUCAAUGGCACUUUUUAUUCAUAUGAAUAUUAUUUUAAUGUAAUUAUGAUUAUUCUUCUUGCAUAAGAAGUCAUCAAACAGCUGGAAGUAUAGCAGUUUUUUAUCAUAUUUAUUCGGGGAACCAUUCCUCUUAUUUUCUAUCCUGCAAUAUUAAUAUUUGAUAUUGUUAAAAAAAAAUGUUUAGAGUAUCCCAGUGCAUUACGCAACAACACCAACAACUCCAUGACACGACCUCAAGGUCUGUUAUCUAUAAACAAGCACAAUCCAUAUCGACAUAUUUGAAAUUGAUUCUAUGUACUAGCAUAUUUCAAAUCAUUACCGUAUAUCAUGUACAGUUGCCUGGUCGUACAUCAUUUUCAUUCAGUAAGAUAUUAAUUUUCUCUCUUUCUAAAGUAUGAGGUCUUAUUGCGAGAAAAUAAAAAUUGUUAUAUGUUUUGGUAUUCUUUCAUCUCUUUUCAGGAAAUUUAAGAUGCUUCAUCCUGAAAGGAUGUUUUUUUAAGUACUUUGAUCCUACAAAAAGUUCUAUAAAAUCGUUUCGAUUUUUUUAACGCCACAGUUUCCAUAAAAUUCUCCUGAAAUGGGUUUUAUUAUAUUGAUGAAAUAGUAAUUAUGGACGAGAAUAACCUUGUGUAAUACUAACUUUUAUGCAGUUUACAACAAAAACGUUACUAUGAUUUUCUAUGCAUUGCUUAUAAAAACUGGAGCGAUUCUCUACUCACCUUAAACCGUCAUAUACUUCCUAAAUGCUUAUCUGUUUUAAAGUGGGAAGAGAAAGAUCCUUUAAAACGGAAUAAUAUCCACCGUUAGUCGGUGAUUGAAAUCUUUUUUUUUUUAAUGAAGAAAGCGUCAUACUCUAUUAUUUGUUCGGGAGAGAUAAACUGUCCUGAUAAAAUCUGAAUAAUACCAUAUUGUGUGGACGGGAAGGGUCUGAUGAAGAUUUAGGAAUAUUACAUUUGAUUUGCCUCACCAAUGAAUCUUUGGAUUAUGUGGUGCUCCUAAAAGAGAAGAUGCAAGCUUUCAUUCGGGGUAUCGACUAUCAUUAACCAGGUUAACACCGGAUCCUUCCCGAUCGACUUUUUCUUCCGUCAAGAUGAGCGCCUUAAGAAAAGAUAAUACCUUACUUGACAGUGAGAAUAUCAAAAAAAAGAAUAGCCAUUAUCAACCCUCCCAAUAUGGCGAUAAUGGCUACUUUCUAACACCCCUGUUCUGAAACAUAAGGAUAAAGAUGGCAUUAUUGUAGGCCGACUCGAUUUGGCGGGGGUUAAACGAUAAGCCAUGCCUUGCGUCUUUACGUUCAAGUCUCCAAAUGUCAGGAGAGUUUGAACGGCUGUUUUUCUCGCGCGUAGCCGUAUAGGAAAUGAGAAGAAAGGUAGAGAAGGAGGAGAGAGAAACGGAAAGAAGAAAGGACACAAGAGGGAACGAUAGAGGUUUUAGAAAAUGGCAGGCGAGAAAAAAAUAUGGUGUAGUUAAUAAAGACGUAUGGUUGAGAAGACGCGAGAUGACAGCGAGGGGUUAUUGCGCGUUUAGUAGAUACCCUGUGUCGUGAAUUCUGGUGAAGUCUUUCCAACAAAUUAACCCAGGGCGAGGAGCUCGAGCUUGAGAAACGGUAGCUAACUACAGCCAAAGUCGCGUUUAGCAGCAUAGAAACACUUUCAUGACCUGUUCAGAUUGUUCAGGUAUAUAUUGUCCAGUGUUUUUAGCUACUUUAGGAUGUUUCUACCGUAUUCGUUCAAGCGAUGGGUUGUAGGCCUACUGCUUUUGGAAUAUAACCCACACGAGUUCCUGCUCUCUGAUUUUCGCUCCGCCAUGAUUUCUCUCUUAUUAUAUGUAUAUAUAUUGACCUAUGUUUUAAUUUCUCUUUCCCCCUCUUCCAUUCUGUCUGUCUGCCUGUCUAUCCUUACGACAUUGCCAACUUCUCUCUUUUGGCUUCAUCAUCCAUCUACAAUUAAGAAAAAUUCGGAUUUGAAUAACGUGCUUGGCGAUAAUACUUUCAUCUUGCUGUAUAGCCUCAGAUCUAUCUUUUGGAUCAAAAAUGCGUUGCCACUUGACAUAGUGUCACCAGCGUGAUGAAUGGGUGUAAGAUUUUCUUGUUUUCAAAUGGCGUCCAUUAGUCCCGACCACUCAUUUUGUCGAUGAUAUAAGGGUAAAUUAAACGUCUAUAAAACAGUUCUCUGGUUUGUUUCAGUGACCUCUAAUGAUGCCGUAUUUAUUAUUCAAUGAUAUGUUUUCUUGUUAUUUGAUCUUUACAAAGGUUAUGGGUCUGUGAAUUCCAAAUACUUUUCAGCAUGUUUUUUCCCGAAUUCCGUAGAACUUUACUUGUUUGGUUGUAUCAUAUUCCCUCAAGUCAGCAUCGACAGCCUUGUAAUCUUUAACUUUUAUUUACCAUAUAUCAUUUCAGAUAUUUUUUUAUAUUUUGAAUGGCCCUUUUCUUUCAAUAUGCUCUACAGUAUUACCAUAACCAUUAACAGGAGAGAGAAUGUCUUCUAAAUAUUAACUUCGAUAUCAUACCGAAUCAUAUGGAAGCCCUGAGCAGGAUUAUGAUGAAAUGGUAAAUCUUCGACUUAUGUCACUUAAUAAUGGCAAUAUAUUGAUUAAACCUUUAUAACAAGAAAAUGUAUUCAAUUCCUUAUAUCUUCAAUCUCAUCUCGUGGUAUUUGACAUUGAUUUAAAGAUAUAUCUUAUAUUUAUGAGACAAUUUUAUUUUUCAUGUUGUAUCUUGCCGUAUGCCUUGAUCUGAUUUCAUUUGUAUUUUGUUUAUGGUAAACAGGGGUAUAACGAUUUUUGGCAUGAUAGUGUAGAAAAGACGAACAGAAAAUUUGCUGUGAUUAAUUUAUAUGUUCAUGUGCUGGUGUAACCUGAUCAUGUAAUUAUUUUCAAAUGAAAUUGUCACGUGGUUUCCUUAAUGCUAAGUCAUCUGCUUUGCAUGUAGAUGAUAUUCAAAAAUUGAUUUUCACCAAUUUAUAUUCUGAAAUAUUACCAAAAAUACUACUCAUAUCAAUUAUCUAUAUAUAUAUGAUUGGACAUAUUUAAUGGCGUUUUAGGCCUAUUUGUCUGACAAAGGAUAUGAUAACGAAGGGUUUUCUUAUGUACAUAUGCUGUGAAAUAGUUGAAUAUAUUAUUAUGCUAUUGGACUGUAUCUCUUGCGUUUUUUCUUCGUAAGUUUGGGUGUAAUAUAUGAUGGAAUUGUAUCUAGAAAUAAGAUUUGAUGUUGUACAAAAUGUCUAUUGUGAUAUAUAUACCGAGCUUCAGAGUUAAAAGAGAUUUUUGCCGUUCUAAACGGGUAUUCCGGGGAUGUAUUGAUAACAAUUCGAAUUGAUUGAGUAAUUUUUUUCUGUGUUGUGAAAAUAUAUGUCUACGGAGUAAAAUGAAAUUAUAACAUGAAAAUGAA